AUGUUACAGUAGCCACAGCCUUCAUAGGACCAUCUUUCUUUAUCAGUACACCUAGCCUUGUGACAUAUGACGAGGUAGUAAAUUGACGACACAAAAACAUAGAAGAAACAGAGAGCAUCAGCUUAACAUUAAGGAAACAAAGAUAAGAUUGUGGUCCGUAUCCUCGCGUGAAGGACGAAACUUGCACUGCACAUAUCGUCCUCCAAACCCAAUCAUGAAGGAAUAUCACCAUUAUAUUUCAACAGAGUUCCUUAACUAGCCCUUUUCUUUUCAUUUUCAUGCUCAUCAUCACCAUUGUCAUCUCUAUCUACAGACUCACUCGCUCACUCACUCAUUCCUAAUAAUACACUGAUAACACUUUUUAAGCUAUCGUAAUAAGAGCAUUAUCUAAAUUCAACUCAACAAAUUUGUUUGGUGAAUGAUAAUGCCUUUUAACUCGUUUUAACCAUCAUCAGCCACCUGCCCCUAUUCAUUCACCUAUAUAUGAUUAUGAUAUAUGCCCUCCUCCCCACCUCUCUCGGUCUUUGUCUCACACAAACAUAGGUUUUCCUUCGAGCUUACACACCAUAACCACAACCACCAUGUAUAAUCUAAGAAGGAGAACAAAACUCUUGCUCUCUGUGCUCCCUACUUCAGCUCUCCUCCUAAUCCUUCUCUUUUCAAAUACCCAUUUUAGAAAUUCAAACUCAAACACCCCCAAAACACACGUCCACAACCGCAUUCAAUUAGCAGCCCACUCGGCAUGCCAAGACACACUCUACAAACUCCUCUGCGUCUCCACCCUCUCCACCUUCCCAGAUCUCACCACCAAAUCAGUCCCACAGAUCAUAUCCUACACCGUCUCCCACACCGUCUCGGAGGUCCAAGCCUCCUCCUCCAACUGCACCGGCAUUAUCAAAAAACAGUUCAAGAAGCUCGACGCCCUUCAGCAAAUUGCUCUCGACGACUGCCUCGAGCUCUUCGACGACACCAUUGCGGAGCUCAAUGCUGUCAUCUCUGACCUCUCCAUCAAGAAGCUCAGCUCCAACCGCUACUACGACUUGAAGACCUUGCUCAGCGGCGCAAUGACCAACCAGUACACGUGUCUUGAUGGGUUUAACGACACUGGAAUUGUGAGGCAGGAAAUUCAAAGCAGAUUGCAGACCAUCUCUCAGCACGUGAGCAAUGCCCUGGUCAUGCUCAAGAAGAUUCCCGGAGCUCUUAAGUACGAGAACUCUAAGUCGGAGAUGUUCCCUGAGUUUGGACCCAUGAAAAAUGGGUUCCCUACUUGGGUUUCAUCGAAAGAUCGAAAGCUCUUGCAGUCCGUGGCGAAUGGGACAAAAUACGAUUUGGUGGUGGCCAAGGACGGCACUGGAAACUUCACUACUAUCAGCGAGGCUGUAGCUGUGGCUCCAAAUUCAAGUGCAACCAGGUUUGUGAUAUACAUAAAAAGCGGGGCAUAUUUUGAGAAUGUGGAGGUUGUGAGGAAGAAGACGAACUUGAUGUUCUUGGGUGAUGGGAUUGGAAAGACGGUUGUGAAAGCCAGUAGGAAUGUGGUGGAUGGCUGGACUACUUUCCGAUCAGCCACAGUCGCUGUUGUGGGAGACGGGUUCAUAGCCCAAGGCAUUACGUUUGAAAACGCAGCAGGCCCAAGCAAACACCAAGCGGUAGCCUUUAGGAGCGGCUCCGAUUUCUCUGCAUUCUACAAGUGCAGCUUCGUGGGCUACCAAGACACCCUCUACGUUCAUUCCCUCCGCCAAUUCUACCGCGAAUGCGACAUCUACGGCACCGUCGAUUUCAUCUUCGGCAACGCCGCCGUCGUCCUCCAGAACUGCAACCUCUACGCGCGCAAACCAAACGAAAACCAGAAGAACAUGUUCACGGCCCAAGGCCGUGAGGACCCCAACCAGAACACUGGCAUUUCCAUCUUGAACUGCAAAGUCGCAGCCGCUUCUGAUCUGGUCCCGGUAAAGUCAACGUUCAAAACGUAUCUGGGCCGUCCGUGGAAAGAGUAUUCUAGGACGGUUUACAUGAAAUCAUACAUUGAUGAUUUGGUGCAGCCCGCUGGUUGGCUGGAGUGGAAUGGCACAUUUGCAUUGAGUACGUUGUAUUAUGGGGAGUAUUUGAACCGAGGACCCGGUUCGAAUACAAGUGCGAGGGUGAAAUGGCCGGGUUACCGGGUCAUCAACAGCUCAGAUGAGGCGAAUCAGUUUACGGUUGGGCCGUUUAUACAAGGAAAUGAGUGGCUCAAUUCUACCAAUAUUCCUUACUUUAUUGGUUUGACUCCUUGAGCAGAAAUAUUACGCACGCUGCAGGCAAGGCCCAUCUUUAAAUUAAUUAAUGUAACAUAAUACUAUUACGUUGCGUUAUAUUAUACGUUAUAUGUGUGCCUCUUAAUUGUCUCCUCAUCUACUUCAAUGGUUAGCCUAAAACACAAAAUUCAUAUA